AUGGCGGUUCCAAUCGACAAUCUUGGGCUGAAAUCUCUCCUAAAGGAGAGAGUCUACACAAAAUGGGUUGAUAAUCUGGGCGAAUCUUUUACGCUAGGUUCUCGUUCACAUACAAACAAAGAGGAAACCGAACUUCUUAUGGAAGUAGUCUGCGAUUCAAAGGCACAUAUUCGUGUCCAUUUCUCCCUCGACAUAUUUUGCCGGGUUAAUGGCAAGCAACGUCCAACACAGUUAUUAUUAGUUGUUCCGCCACAUGGUGACUUUAACUAUGCUUUGAAGUCUCGUCCGAUAAGGCAACUUGGUGAUUUUCUCCACUCUGACGCAGUUGCUGUUCACGAUGCUGGUAUAAUCAAAUCAGAGCAGAUUCAUGUUCUUCCGUUUAAUCUCCGUUCCCUAGGAUUCGUUGUCAAAAAGACGAGGAAACUUAAUACACCUUCCAAUAGUACGUCGAAGGAAUUGGCUCGUAUGAUCAGAUCAUUAUCUCUUGUGAAGACUUUUAAGGUAUAUAUAAAACCUAGCGAUUAUGCACAGCAAAAUCUGAAAACUGUUUGGGAACGCUUGAGCGGUACAGGCGCAGAGAUCAGUAUAUCCAAUAUGAUGGACAUGUACUCUAUAGACGAUGUUGAGGUAGUGGACUGGACCAAAUUUGGCCUUGAGGAAUUUCUGGACACACUUUCGCCACCGGUCGCACUACCGUCACAGGAUGCACGAGUAACACCGAACGCACUACCGCCACCAUACGCCAAGAACGAUGCACAAAGGUCGACAGGAGUAGAGAUUCCUCAGUCACCACCAAACGCAUAUACGAAUACAAAAUUAGUACCCAACAUUGGCGAUGCGAUUGUGCCAGCAACACCGAGUUCUCUGCCGGUAUGCCAUGGUAUUUUCUCUCCCGAGCCUGAAAAGCAGUCAAAGGUCGCAGGAGACUCGGACCUUGACGAUAUCCACAAAGAUUCAGGACAUGUCGAAAAUUCUGAGUUGGACUCGGAUGAGGAACGUCUCGCUGCGUUGAAUGCUCAACAGCUAAGUCAACAACUCAGACAAAAAGAAAUCUCAGAUACUCUUUUGUCCAAAUUCAGAAAUUGGUUAAAUGCGACAAUGGCCAUCGAUGUAAAUGUGUACAAAAACCCUGAACUGACUACAAGGCUUCGGACUCUCGGCACAAGUGUUCGCAAUUCUGAGGUUGGACUGUUUGAAGCAACGAAACAUUGGUGCUCUGCGCUGUUCUUGUUCAAACAAACAGAUGCCAGCAGCCAAGCAAACGGAGACCCAAGCAAACAAACGGAUGGAUAUUUUGUUUCAGACAUGGCCGAACUCAUCAAAUGGGUUAACAAAUUUCAUCGUGACGCAGAGGUGACGGUGCUGAAGCACGAUUUUCUAAGGCUAGGGAGUGCUGCUCGUGCAUGUGACACGGAGCAGUAUAUGCAUCAUAAAUGUGAAAUCAUUCUUCGCAUAUUCGUCAGCCCAACGGGGAGCAACAAGGUCUGGUCCGGAAAAAGAAAAUUCUCAGAAAUUGGUAGCAUUGGGUGUGAAUGA